AUGGGAGAAGCAGAAGCAUUCAAGGAGCAGGGAAAUGCGUACUAUGCCAAGAAAGAUUACAACGAAGCGUUCAACUACUACACAAAAGCCAUAGAUACAUGUCCCAAUAAUGCCAGUUAUUAUGGGAACAGAGCUGCCACACUCAUGAUGUUGGGGAGGUUCCGAGAAGCACUGGAGGAUGCCCAGCAGUCAGUCAGGUUGGACGACAGCUUUGUACGGGGCCACCUCCGGGAAGGGAAGUGUCACCUUUCCCUAGGGAAUGCCAUGGCUGCUAGCCGCUGCUUUCAACGAGUUCUAGAACUGGACCAUAAGAAUACCCAGGCACAACAGGAGCUGAAGAAUGCCACGACUGUGCUUGAGUAUGAAAAAAUAGCUGAAGUGGAUUUUGAGAAACGGGAUUUCAGGAAGGUUGUGUUUUGCAUGGAUCGUGCUUUGGAGUUUGCUCCCGCAUGUCACCGGUUCAAAAUCCUCAAGGCCGAGUGUUUGGCGCUGCUGGGCCGGUACCCCGAGGCACAGUCUGUGGCCAGUGACAUCCUACGGAUGGACUCGACAAACGCCGACGCGCUGUACGUGCGUGGGCUGUGCCUGUACUACGAGGACUGCAUCGAGAAGGCCGUGCAGUUCUUUGUGCAGGCCCUCAGGAUGGCUCCUGACCAUGAGAAGGCCUGUCUUGCCUGCCGGAAUGCCAAAGCACUUAAAGCGAAGAAGGAAGACGGGAAUAAAGCGUUCAAGAAAGGCAACUACAAACUAGCGUAUGAACUGUACACAGAGGCACUAGGAAUAGACCCAAAUAAUAUCAAAACAAAUGCCAAACUCUACUGCAACAGGGGGACGGUUAAUUCAAAGCUUAGGAAACUUGAAGAAGCAAUCGAUGACUGCACGAACGCAGUGAAGCUGGAUGACACGUACAUCAAAGCCUACCUGAGGAGGGCACAGUGUUACAUGGACACAGAACAAUAUGAAGAUGCUGUAAGAGAUUAUGAGAAGGUUUAUCAGACAGAGAAAACAAAAGAACACAAGCAGCUCCUAAAGAAUGCACAGGUGGAACUGAAAAAGAGCAAACGGAAAGACUACUACAAAAUCCUGGGGGUGAACAAAAACGCCUCCGAAGAUGAGAUCAAGAAGGCUUACAGGAAACGAGCACUAAUGCACCAUCCAGACCGACACAGUGGAGCAAGUGCAGAAGUACAGAAGGAGGAGGAGAAGAAAUUUAAGGAGGUUGGUGAGGCCUUUACCAUCCUGUCAGAUCCCAAGAAGAAGGCCCGUUAUGACAGUGGGCAGGAUUUGGAAGAGGAUGGAUUAAACAUGGGAGAAUUUGAUCCAAAUAACAUCUUCAAGGCCUUCUUCAGCGGGCCAGGGGGCUUCAGCUUCGAAGCUUCUGGGCCUGGAAAUUUCUUUUUCCAGUUUGGCUAAGAAGCAAACAAACACAAAUCAAACCACACAUACCUGAUCUGCUUCUUUUAACCUCGAAUACGGACAGCCCCAGACUCCUCCUCCAUCACGUCUCGUUGUCCUUAGAGCAGUUUCAUUUCUGGGUUGGAGCCUCUGUUUGUGUGUUGUGUGUGUGAAGAGGAAACCAGCUCGGGAGGGGAAGGCUUGUGAAUUUUGUUUUACUGUUAACUUUAUUAAAAAAAAAAAAAAAUAAUAAAGCUUUGAAUCUCUUGGUCCCUCCAUGCUGGCCCGUGCUUUCAGCUGCUUCUGCCCCUCUGCACAGAGGAUUUCCUGGAAUCUUCCCAGAAUCUCCACAUGUGAGAGGGAGAAGGAAUUCCUGGUUUGUUCUGGUUGCUUCCAAAGCAGCAUGUCCAGGGUUUGGAGUAACUUGUAAGUUAUCUUAAUCUUUUGGAAAUACUGCCAAGGCUCAAUCCAGUUUUGUACAAUCCCAUUUCACCUGCAAGCCUGGCUUCUUGGCUUUUUUUAUUUCUUUUGGUUUUUUUUUUUCAUGGUUCUCCCAGCAAGGCCCACUUGGGCAUUAAACUUCUAUGAUAAUGUGUGAGCUUACAAUUCUGUAUCAGAGAAAUGCUGCUUAAAGAGCAGCUUAUGUGAGAAUUCCCUGUGAUGCAGCUGGAAUUAAGGGCUUUGUGUUCCCAAGAUUGUCCUGUUUAAGGGAAUAUUGAAUUUGCUCUGGGCUGAAUUCCUUCACUGUACUUUUUUAAAUUAAUCCACUUGAAUAUUUUAUAUUUGUGCUAAACUUGAUUUUGUUGAGCUUGAUGUGUGAUUUCCUGUUACUGAUCCAUGACAUGGGUGAGUCUUUCAAUGCCAAGUGAAUUCCAGGCAGGGAUCAUGGGUGGUUUGGGAUGUGCAGCGCUGAACUCCUGAUGUGCAGCAGCUGUGUGUUUACUUAACCUGGUUUUCCCCUGGCAGUGAUUUACUCCUCCAAAGCAGCAAGAAAAUGCAAGUCCAGCUCUGAACUGACAGUCUGUACUUUCUCUUGCACAGUGUCAGGACAGGAGCUGGAGGGAUGGAAGAGCUUCCGGCCUGGAGCCGUGUCCUGGUGGGUUUGGUGUGGGGCACUGCCUGUUAGCAGUUUGAUUUUCACCUAAAAGGUGGUGUUACAGCAGGGUCUCAGCUGGGAGAGGGCUCUGCUUCCAGAAUUCCCCCCUUUUCUCUACAGCAUGGACCUUUUUUGUCCAGGUGCCCUGUGUGAGCUCCUGUCUGUGGUUCUGGAGCACGGUGCUGUCAGGCUCAGCCUGGGGUGUGAGCGGAGCAAGAGGCUGUGGGGCCGUGGCUGGGGGUCCUGGGCUGUGCUCAGUGAGGGGCACAGGGGUUUGGCCAAGCUCCUGGGCUGACCCUGGCAGUGUGGGGCUGUUGGAGGCUGGAGUUUGCUCAGAGAAUGGCUGCUUGUGCACACAGGCUGGGCUGUGCUGAGAGAAAACCUCCCAGUGACUCUGUGUAACACCUGAUUUGCCUUCCCGAAGCAGAACAAACACUGCAGGGAGCUCAUUUCGAGCUCACUGAACGAGGUGAUCACUCAUCUUUGUCUUCCUCCCUCCCGAGGGCUGUGCCCUUCAGCAGGACAGGGGCUGCUGUGGGGAGCUCCCGGCGGUUCCAGCGCUGGUGACGUUGCUGUCGUGGUCCUGCUGUGGUGUUUGGUCAGGAUUCUUGACAAUCUGCUUUCGUAGAGGGAAAAUUUAAGGGCUUAAAUUUUAGCACUGCAGAACAGAGUAUUUUACAACUGGUUUGAAACUCAGCUUUCUAAGUGAACCAGCGCUGAGUAGUACUUUCAAAACCCAACUCUCCCACGUUUAUUCUGAUGUCCUUCACACUGGUGUGAGGGAUGGACCCACCCAGGUGAACCAGGAGCAGCUGGGUCCUGCCACUUUUCAGGCUCUGAAAUGGUGAAUACGUGGGGAACUGAAAUACUGGUCUAUGCACACUGAUGCUUCCCCAGCUUUCCUGGCACUGUAAAUCAGAGUUUACAAGGCCUGUUUAGUGGCAUUUUGGAUCCAUGACAUCUCGUCCCGUGUGUGUGUUGAUGUCACUGUACAGUCUGGGUUGUUCUCAGUCUCCUGUUGCUGAGCAGAGCCAUGUUCUGUGUCUGUCAGUGGGUUUAUUCUCAUUUUCCUCUGCCCCAGGGAAGUGUGACCAGCUUCCUUCCUCCCUUCCUUCUCUCCAAGCUGAGUGAGCCCGUUCCCUGGAGCACAGGAGUGGAAUGGCUCUGCUUCUGGGAGAGAAAAUGUAUACAGCAGCUAUUUAUAACCUGUACAUGAAUGCAUGAUUUAAUGUAGUUAAAUAUUCAUAUGGUGAGUGCCAAGACUUUCUACAGAGCGUUGUUACGUGAAUCAAGGUGAAGGCAAAUGCAUAGAACCAUGGAAUGGGUUGGGCUGGAAGGCCUUUAAAGGCUGUCAAGUCCAACCCUCUGCCAUGGGCAGGGACACCUUCCAGUAGCCCAGAGUGCCCCAGGCCCUGUGCAGCCCCUGUUCCCCACAGCACAGAGCAGGGCUGAGCAGGGCUCGGUGGCACCUGGCACCUCAGGGCAGCAGCAGUGCCCAGUGGCACUGUGACCUCCACCAUGUCCCAGUAUGGCUUGGGGAGACAAAACUCAGCUUCUUUCCAAAAAAUGGACUCAGCUGUGCAUUGCUUGGAAUGUUGCCUCCACACAUGGUGGUUCCAGGACAUUAUCCGUGGGUUGUGGUUGGGUGUAGCUACAGGCAAGAUGAGAGUGCCAAUGCUCCAGCUGCUCACAGCCCUCCCACACAUCCUGCAGCCCCAGGGGGACCACCAGCCCCAUGGGGACCACCAGCCACAGGGAUUUGCUGCAGAGACCACAAGAGCGUCUUCAAGCGAUGCUGUGCCUGUGUUGUUUCUAGAAGGACAGAGAGCACACAGAGGUGCAGGAGGUGGUGUUGCAGCAGCUGCCCAAGGCACAGGCAUGGUGGGAUGGACACGCUUUGGUUUGACUCUCAGCCUGGCAGCUCCUGCCCAGGGUCUCCAAGGGGGAAUGGCUGGUGCUGCUAGAGCUGCUGCCAACAAGGACCUGGAGAGAGCAGAGCUGCCAUGGCUGAGAGCCAGACCAGGCUGGUGUGUCAGGGACAUCUUCCACCAGCCAGGUUGGGAGUAGAUGCUCUGAACAGCUCGAGAACUGGCGAGUGGCUGUCAGCUUCUCUGGGAAAGUUAUGAAGAGAAGUGUGUGAGGAGUGUGGCUUGGGCAGAGCUGGCAUGUGAGGGCUCUGCUGUAGGACUGCAGUUUUGGCAGGGAGAUCAGGAGCUGUGUGGCUAUUAGGCUUUGCCUUGGAUGUGGUUUUGUCUGGCCAUGCUCAGAAUCGUAGAAUAGUUUGGGUUGGAAAGCUGUGAAGUCCAUCCAGGAGGUUCUGGCCACCCUCUUAAGGCUCCUCAUUGCUUUGGCUGCACAGAAAUGUUUCAGGUUUGUUUCCGAUUCUGGGAGCGCUCAGUGAGCAGGAUCCCCUGUGCUGCUGGCUAUUGUAAAUGCAGAAAUGCAAACUGGAAAAUGGGAAAGACAAAUUGUUCAGGUACAAGAGUAUAAUCCAUGGAUUAGCGGGUCCCUCCACUCUGUAUCUGCUGAGAUGCAGAGUGCAUGCUGCUGUGGUACCGUGCUGUGUCUGAUGUGGAGCCUGGUGCCAGUCCCUGUCCAGCCACACUGGCCUGGAUCUGCAGCCAUCAAACAGUCACAGGGUUGGGCCAUGUGCUGCUUUGCUGUUUCCAAAUGACUUCGUCAGUUUCAGUAAUAACUCCAGAUAUUCUCUUAUUUCCAAUGGAUGGUUUUCAUCCUGUUUAAAUUCGUGCCUUGUCCUCUCCCCUCUUCUUCCGUAGGGAACAGGACAACUGUGUGCUGCACCCACCCAUGUCCCUGGAGCAGUGCUAGUCCCUGGGUGGCUGUGGCAGGGCUGUGGCAGGGGUAGGUGGCAAUAGCUGGUGGCUGUCCCUGGCUCUGUGAGGCCAUUCUGGGUCCCUGUGUGAUUGUGGGAGCCGAUGUGAAAUGCUUUGGCCUUCCUGGCCAGGCCCCGCUCUCCUCAUUCCCACCAUUGUGGAUGGGGUUAUCCCUUCUUGGAGCAGUGCUGGGCACUUUCCCUGACCCAGAUCUGAGCUUGGAGGGACAGCUCUGGUGUGUUGCUGGCAGCUGGGACACCGUGCCCGAGCUGGAGCUCCGGGGGUGGCCCAGGAGGGCAGGAUCCGUGGGGAGCCCCAAGCCAGCGGGACGAGCAGCUCAGCUGCCAUCCCAGCCUGUCCAACUGCCCAGCCCUGUCCCCUAAUGGCUCCUGUGAACAGUGUGGUGUGAGGUGACAUCCGAGGGGCCGUGGGGGAGCACCCAGAGCCCCACAGUGCACGAGUGUCACAACAUUGCAGAACAGUCAGGACAAACCCAGGCACCGAUGCGAAGCCACUCGGAGAGGAGCUUGUCCCUGCGCUGCCGUAUUUAUCUGAAUUGGAAUUCGGAAUGUUUACCUCAGUGUACAUAGCUCAACCUUUCCCUGGGAGGAAAGGGGAAUUGCAUGGAGCAAUCGCUGUCUCAUUGCUUUGCCAAACUCCUCAUCCUCUUCCGGCCGGGCUCCGCAUCGGUACCAACUGUCCCUCUUCGCCCUUUCUAGGAUGUGAAUGGUAAAAAUGUGAAUAUUUGUUGUUUACUUCCUUAGCAGAACUCCUGAUGCCGUGUUUGUAUGGGAAAUCAGCCUGAGCAGACUCAUAUGCAAUCGGUUUUACUUUAUUAUAAACUGUAUAUGAUGUACAAACUAAUAAAAACUCAAACAAC